AUGAAAUAUCUCAAGCACGUGCAUUCCAGAUCCGCCGCUCGUCUCAUGCGACCCAGUGUAUCAACGUUUGGACUACUUCUUCCCCUUCUCUCGUUGGCUACAGGCGCAAAAAGUCAAGAUACGUUCAAUGAAUCAUUCACCGUGCGCUCGCUCCCGGACGGCAAGGUGUCCACGCGCUUCUCGUUUGCGGUGACGACUAAGCAAGGCGAAUCACAGCACUAUACACUCUUUCCCCUUGCGCUAGGCCAGAUCUUGCGCGAGUACAGCGUGACUGAGCUCCACCUUACCCUGAAUGCUGGGAAGUGGGACUAUCAGCGGUGGGGGUAUCCGGAUGAGCAGGACGUAGGCACCGGCGCAGAGUUGUGGGCUUGGAUGGGAGACCCGAAGGACCACGGAGGUGACGAUGCGGGCAUUGACAAGCGCUGGCGCGACCUCCGCAACGCUCUAGCUGGCCUGUUCUGCGCCUCUCUUGGGUCGCUGGAUGAGCUGCGCACGACAUCUCCCGCGCUCGUUUUCGCUCCAGAAGGCGCGCUGCCGGUCUCCAGGCCACAUCACAUACUGCGACACGCUUCAAUCCCCUCCGAACACGUCUGCACGGAAAACCUGACGCCGUUCCUCAAACUGCUCCCGUGCAAGGGCAGCUCGGGACUCGCGCAGCUUCUCAAUCCACACAAGCUGUUCGACGCAGAUUGGCAUGGGAUUGGGCUGCAUGUGACGUGGGACUCUGCGUUCGGCGUGCAGGCGCGAUUGUCUAUCCAGGCAGUGUUUGACCCGGUGCGGGGCACGUCUAAACGAGAUUGGUCGCUUGCGUCGCUCUUCGAUCGGAAGAUUCAGCAUGCCUGUCCUGCCGCGAGCGAUAGCCGUUUAGCGGUGGCUUUGCCUGUGAAUCAGGAGUACAUGAUUUCGCACCAGCCCUCGUCGUUCCAUGAAGGGCACGCGCUGUUCGACGUCGCUUCCCGCCCAGAGAGUCUUCCCUUUGACGUCGGCUUACAUUGGUCGUCCGAUUUCCAUCAUACCGAUGCUCAUGCCAAGAUCCCGCUUUCUAUCCGCCGGACAUUGGAGGGGCCAACUCAAGAUCAUGGCAGACUCUCGGUUCAUAUGGUCAAUGAGGGACCGAAUGUGAUUCACACAGCAUACUUGGAGACAAUGCCGUGGAUCAUUCAGUUCUAUCUCCACACGAUGACUGUGAGAUUGAACGGGAUGCCGAGAAACGACCUCGUGCACAACUUCUCGUACAUCCCCCCCAUUCCCCACUCCCGGGCAACAAUGCUCCAGGCCAUGCUUGAGCUGCCACCGAAGAGCAGUGUGCAUCUGAGCAUCGAGAUCACCAAGGCCUUCCUGCGUUAUACAGAGCACCCACCCGAUGCUCAACGCGGAUGGGACCUUCCUCCCGCGAUCCUUUUGGCUGAGGGAAAGAGGAUCUACACGCCUACGUUGCUUGUAGAUCUGUCGACGCCGGAUUUCAGCAUGCCAUAUAACAUGUGCCGAAGAAUAGCUCAAGGAACGCGCUGGACUCGCUGUAAUGUACAUCCUGAUCUCUCUUCAUUGUUUCGUCGGUUCCGAAUGUUUACCGCCAUUUCAUCACAGCAUUUCCAGCGUCACAUGAUAGUGGCCAUCGUCGACUGCAAUGACGCACGGUGCGAGAAGUCUAUACAACAUCGUGGAAGGUGUGUUUCGAGAGACUGCAUCAGAGUGUUCGGUCCGGAGAUCCAACAGGACUUGGACCGUGUGGACGAUUUCUGCUGGGCGUGUCGAGCAGCUAAGGAGAGACAUGCAAGGGGGAACUUUAGUUUAGGAUAACUCAGAUUGUGAUAGAAUCCAAUAGUCUCAUUUCGUGCUCAACUUGCAUGAAAAGCGACACCGUUAGAAUCCCAUACAGUCCGCCCAACAAGCCAAAGCCUCCAGGUUUCCUGACCAUAGUCUAGGCUAAACAGCAUGAUCAUGAGUGGUGUAAGAUGAUACAUAAGAUUGUCUAAUCGAUCCCAUCAUCGAUCGCCGGAGCAGUCUGGAAGUCUGAAGCCUCGCGCCUAGAAUGCGACAAGCAAUGCCAAACAACACGCGUCAUGGUAUAAGAGAACCAGUACACAUCGCGAUCGUCGACUCUUCUAUACGUACACCAUGACCCGAACCGCUCACUCUACAUCGACCGAUCGUGCGGGCCACAGCGCCUCCACGCCCAAAGGGGGAGGCGGUGCGCAUAACUGGGGCAGUCUCGAAGACGAGCGCGAUCUCGAAUCAGCCGCUGUUGCCGAUGCCCAGGAGGAGCUGGCAGAGUUGAAAGCGGAAACGGAUAAGGAUGUCAUCGCGCGUUCCGAUGGAGCAGAGCCGACAAAAGCUGCGGAGAAAUCGACGUAAACACCGCAGAUGUGUCUCGUGAACAAUGUAUAAUUGUACAGUAGAGCAUGCCUCCACGCCUGUCGCGCGACUUGUCGGGAGAAUGGGUAGAAACGGGCUGGUGCCGUGAAUACCCGGAUCAGGCCACGAGGCGGACACGCGGGCCAGGCGCGGCUGUAAGGCUGUAAGGUGUAUCCAGACCCAGACGCCGCCUUCAUCCACCCACCAUCCAGACGCCAUCCUUCCUCGAUGUUCAGACAGCUGACAAACCAAUUAGCCGCCGCGGCUCCUGCUGCGAAAGAGGCUCCCAAAGCUAUGGCACCAACCCUCCGCAAUGACAUCUAUACUGCCAUGGACCAGACCAGGGCAUGGAUCACGGGCUCGGGCAGUGUCGUUGUUGGGCAGGCGGGGGACGGCGUGUCGUAUGCGGCGCCGAUGUCGACCAUCCAGAAGCACUUUCCAGACGCCAAGAUGGGGAUUGAGUCGGGUGGGAGUGCGGAGAACGAAGUCGCGGUGGUCGUGUGUGGGGUGACGAAUAGUGAGUCAGUCAAUUGGAUGCGUGGCUCUUUUGUUCUGCUACGAUCACGCUUCGCGCGGGUGGCCCCGGUUCUGGCAAGAACUGACAAUGCGGCGAUGUCUGUCGUGUCGUGUGGAAACAAUCCACCUCGCGAAAGCUAAACUCUGCCCCUAGUGAUUCUCGAGAUGUCCCGCUGGGAAGGGAUGUCGGGAGGCAUGACUAUGCGUACGUGGGUUGAUGGACUCGUUGCCUCACACGCAGGCCUUGCGGCCGGUGCGAGAAAGGCCGCCAUCGGCAAGGGCAUUGUGCGGGGAAUCUCGCAGAACAUCAAUGUGGGGCUUAUGCCGAAAGAGUUCACCACACGCAUCCAAAUCGUCUCGUGCUUGAAGAGUGUGUGCGCAGGUGUCUAUGGAGCCGGAAGCGAGGAGGCACGACAGGCUGAGACUGUGCUCAACGCGCGCAUGAUCUGAUUCGGUUUCGCCCGGGGCGAUCGGGUGAUCAACUCGACUGGCAGACAUUCUCACACUUCGACGACCGAAAACUCGCUUCGCACCCUGGACUUUUCAAUUACGUGGGUGUGUUUAUGAGACUGCUCCCGAGCCGUCCGUUUCUCCCUGCCAAUCCUAAUUUUGCUCGAGUAUUUCCGGAUGUGUAGUUAUAGUUUAAGUUUUCAAGGUGGACCGUGAGAGAUGAUGCAUGAUGCAUCCUUACUCAGAGCACGCGGUGACUGGAAUCUCGUUCUCAAGUAGCUGGCGGAGAUGCACAUUUAAAACUAUCUCCAACAGGAUGUGACAUGCGACGUGAGAUGGCAGCAUAGGAGCGGAAUUCAACCGAGCGAUGGUAUAUGCGACGAUGGAACGGAGAACCUGGGAGCGACCGAGUGUUCAAGGAGAUAGGCAUCGAC